GAGGAACCUUUGGGGGGGGGCUGUUUCACGCACAGCAGCCCUGGCACUAACCUUUCUGUGCCCUCCCCUGGGCAGCCUGCGGUCUUCUGCCCCUCUCUGGCCGAGCGAGGGUGAGGGGACCGCUGUUUAUAACCAGGAUACGCCGCCAGUGCUAAACAAGGCAGUUUGGCUACAAAACCCGGCUGUAUACACUUGUGGCUCAUUGCAGAUGGUUUUAUUUUGCAUAAUUCUGUUUUGUUCCCUAUUAAGGAGGAGGAACUUCAUAAUACUGGUUUUAAAAUAAUCCAGAAAGUCUUUGGCAGAAAGAAAUGGGAACGGGAGGGGUGAAGGAGCUAUGGAGGUGCCUUUCCAGACGCAGUCGGUAAAAACGCAGGCCGGCUCUUCCAUUUAUUUCACAAUUCGGCCUGGGGGCACGAGAGGCCCAGGGGCCUGCGGGACCAUCCUUCUGAAUUGCGCCUGCUUCCCUGCCAGAUAGCCCAGGUGCAGCUUUCUCUGGCUGGGACCCAGCUGGGGAGUGGGGUUCGCCUCCCAGAAUGCAAUGCGUCCCCCUGAUUUUUCUUAGUGUAACAUCUGGGUAGCCAGUGUAUCAAAUAAGCCGCCUUCUGAUUAAAGCCAGUUUGUUGGAAGCCUCUUGCGGAAUUGGCCCUAGUAGCCAACUGGGCGGCUGGAGGGGGCCAAGACCACUUUGGCCCUUGCACUGUACUUGGCAUUGGGCCUUUUUAAGUUUAUUGGGGACAGAAAUAAACACGGUUUAAAAUCUCUCUGAUCCAGCUCCUUUCGAGGGAGGCCAUGCAGGUCAUCCUUGACUUAAGAACAGUUCAUUCAGCGAUCAUUCUGAGUUACAAGGGCGCUGAACAAAGCGACUUGCGAGUGUUUUUCACAGUCAUGACUGUGGCAGCAUCCCCAGUGGUCACAUGAUCGAAAUUAAGACACUUGGCAGCUGACUCGUCUUUAUGUCCUGGGUCACCUGAUCCCCUUUGGUGACCUUAAUGACAAGCAAAGCCAAUGUGGCUUGCAAGGGGGAAGCCAGGUUCACUUCCCAGCCGGGUUACUAACUUAUCAACUGCAGUGAUACUGCACUUCACCAUUGUGGCAAGGAAGGUUGUAAAAUGGGGUGAAACUCCAUUUUGGGCUCAAUUGUGGUGAUAAGUUGAGGGCUCCCUGUACGGUGGCCCCUGUAUCUUGGGCGAUGCUCCCGAAGAGAGGGAAAAGGGACAGGUCGGCAGAUGGCACGGGUGGGGCCUGGCUUGAGGCUGCCAAUGCCAACCGGGCCUUUUUUAAAAUUCUUGCCGUGCCACCUGCCAGGCAGAAAUGUCUCUAGGCUAACCUCAAUUUAUUGCCUCCUCCUUGGCUCUUGGCUCCUCUUCUCGCUGCUGUCGGCUCAGGGAUGAAGGGAAAAUGAGUUGCUCACAUUUGCUGAGUAAGCCCAAGCAGCCGGCCGUCGACUCUUCACUGGGAUUACAUUGAGACUUCAGGUCUGUCUAUGAUGGUGCAGAACAUGGGCGCUUCAUGGAGAAGCUGGACGCUCGCAUCCGGAACCACGACCGGGAGAUCGAGAAGAUGUGCAACUUCCAUUACCAGGGCUUUGUGGACUCGAUCACGGAGUUCCUGAAGGUCCGGGCAGAGGCCCAGAAGCUCAAGAAUCAAGUCACGGAUACGAAUCGGAAACUGCAGCUGGAAAGCAAGCAACUGGUGGGCGCCAUGGAGGAGCUGAGGCAAUGCCGGCUGCAGCAGUGGAACAUCUCUGCCACGGUGGAUAAACUCAGCCAGUGCCUUCCUGUCCUGGAGAUGGAGAGCAAGUUAAGGGAGCAGAUGAAGUCCAAAAGGCAUUAUCCCGCCCUGAAGACCUUGGAGCACCUGGAGCGGAUGUGCCUGCCCCAAGUCAGCCAUUACCACUUCUGCAAGGUCAUGGUGGAGAACAUUCCGAAAUUGCGCGAGGAAAUCAAGGACGUCUCCAUGUCUGACCUCAAAGACUUCCUGGAGAGCAUCCGCAAACACUCGGACAAGAUUGGGGAGACGGCCAUGAAGCAGGCCCAGCAGCAGAGGAGCCUGGAUGGCCUGGAGGGGCAGCCCUUGAGGGCCGGGGGCCGAAGGGGCAGGAGAGUGGCCGGCGCAAACUCAGGACCGGAGCUUAAGAACGCCAGUCCGAUCUCCGAGCGGGAUUCUGGGAUCCUGGAUGUGGAAGAGGAGGAGGAGGAGGAAGAAGAAGAGGUGCCCGGUGCUCAGGAUUUGGUGGAUUUCUCCCCCGUCUACCGCUGCUUCCACAUCUACUCCGUGUUGGGAGCCCGAGAGGCCUUUGAGAGCUACUACCGGAAGCAGAGGAGAAAGCAGGCCCGGCUGGUUCUGCAGCCCCCCUCCAACAUGCACGAAACCCUCUCCGGCUACCGGAAGUAUUUCAAUCAGAUUGUAGGCUUCUUCGUCAUCGAGGAUCACGUUCUGCACACAAGCCAGGGCCUGGUGGACAGAGCCUACAUCGAUGAGCUCUGGGAUAUGGCUCUCUCCAAGACCAUGGCGGCCCUCCGGACGCAUUCGUCCUAUUGCUCAGACCCAGAUCUGGUGCUGGACCUGAAAAACCUCAUGGUGCUUUUUGCCGACACUCUCCAGGCCUACGGCUUCCCUGUCAGCCAGCUCUUUGACCUGCUUUUGGAAAUCCAGGACCAGUACAGGGAGACAUUGCUGAAGAAAUGGGCAGGAGCCUUCAGAAACAUCCUGGAGUUGGAUACCUACAGCCCCAUCUCGGUAGCAGACGAAGAGCAGUAUGAGAAGCUGGUGGGGCAGUUUCCAUUCCACGAUGCGGAGCUGGAGAAGCAGCCGUUCCCCAGGAAGUUCCCCUUUUCCGAACUGGUGCCUCGGAUCUACAACCAGAUCAAGGAAUUUAUUUACGCCUGCCUGAAGUUCUCUGAAGACCUUCACCUGAGCUCCACAGAGGUGGAUGACAUGAUUCGGAAAUCGACCAAUUUGUUGUUGACUCGGACCCUGAGCAGCUGCUUGCAGAGCGUCAUUCGCAGGAAGAACGUCGGCCUGGCCGAGUUGGUCCAGAUAAUUAUCAACACUACACAUUUGGAAAGAUCCUGUCGAUUCCUGGAAGAAUUCAUCACCAACAUCACCAACGUUCUUCCAGAAACUGUCCACACUACGAAGCUUUAUGGAACGGCCACUUUCAAGGACAGCCGCCACGCUGCAGAGGAGGAGAUCUACACUAACCUGAACCAAAAGAUUGACCAGUUCUUGCAACUUGCAGAUUAUGACUGGAUGGCCGCGGAAGCCCCCCCCAAGGCCAGUGACUACCUGGUGGACCUCAUUGCUUUCUUGCGCAGCACCUUUGCUGUCUUCACACACCUGCCCGGCAAGGUGGCACAGACCGCCUGCAUGUCUGCCUGCAAACACCUCUCCACCUCCCUGAUGCAGCAGCUCCUGGAAGCCGAAGUCCGACAGCUGUCCCUGGGUGCCUUGCAGCUCUUCAGCCUGGAUGUGGCAGAGUGCGAACAGUUUGCCAGAUCCGGGCCGGUGCCUGGGUUCCAAGGGGACACGCUGCUUCUGGCCUUCAUCGACUUGAGACAACUGCUGGAUCUCUUCCUCCAGUGGGACUGGUCGACGUACCUGGCCGACUACGGGCAACCCACCUGCAAGUACCUCCGGGUGAACCCAAUGACUGCGCUGGCCUUGCUGGAAAAGAUGAAGGACACCAGCCGAAAGAACAACGUCUUCGCCCAGUUCCGGAAGAACGAGCGGGACAAGCAGAAGCUGAUUGAGGCCGUGGCCAAGCAGCUCCGCACCCUCAUCAGCACCAGCCACCACUCCUGAGGGGCCACAAGACGCCUGGGGGCCCUGGGGGGGUGGAGGGGGGGCUUGGCAGGGCAGGGCAGGGCCUCUACCCGGGUACCGUGAGGGGGCAGAGCGGCUCCAGGGAACCAGCAGGGCCGCUGGAGGAUCGGCGGGACGCAGCUUGCGGGGCUGCUUAGUGGCGGCCCUUCUCUGGAGGAGCCUGGCUCGCUUGGGAAAGACUGCUCCUGGAGCUGGAAGCUCAGAGCCCCAGAGAGCCUUCCAGGGAGGCCAAGGCCAGGCGCCCGUCAGACGCACCUUGGCCAUGAAGCGCUGAUGCCUUGGCCACUUUUCAGAGUUUUGGACUUCCGUUCCCAGAAUUCCCCAGCCUGCAUGGCUGGCUGGGGAAUUCUGGGAGUUGAAGCCCACAAGUCUUAAGGUGACCAAAGUUGGACAUUUUUGGUUUAAAGGGAACAAUUUACACUUUCAAAGGGAAGCAUUUACAAGAAACACCCUGGAGCCCCGUUUCAGCCCUUUCAGUUUUGUCUCCUUUCCGGAUCGAUGGCCUUCCUCUCUUGCUCCUUUGGCCGCAUUUGAAACACAAUCCGCUCUUUUUUUAAAAAAAAAAUAUUUGUGCUCUCUGCCCUAUUUCUCAGUGAUCCAUUUUUGAAAAUCUGGUUUCUCGGCCUUUGAGCAGCUCCACUCCUUUUCUGUAGGAAGCCAGGAUGGGGAGCAUUUUCCUCUUGCAGACAAACGGAAUCGGAGCUCUUUAAAAUAAACUCAUUGGAAAACAAGAACUUUGUUUUAAAAACCCAAAACUCUAGUUUUUAAUGAAAGGAAUGGAACUCUUGUAAGUGGAAUCUGUUGUUUGGGACUCAUUGGAUCAAAAAAAUCAGGAUGGGGGCAGCCCAGGCAGGGAAGCCCCCUCCUUUUAAAGGGAGCAGCGGCUGCCCUCUUGGCUUGUUCCAUUGCACCCCCCCAGACCUCUGACCCCUCCCUUCCUUCUGCCUGCUUUUGUGCCAAGAACCCCCCUUUCCAUGUGGCAAAGAAGUCGCAGUCAUAAUUGGAAUGGGGAGGAAUAUUCCAUCCUUCCCCAUUGUAUGUGACUUUCGGCUUCCCUCAAGCCAAGCGGCAGGGCAGCUGCCCCCUCUCCAAAGCACUGACCAUCCGGAGACCCCAAAUGUCCAUCUGCCAGCCAUCUCAGAUCUUCCCUGUUGCCCCUGGCUUCAGUGACAUCUUGUGCGGUCUGUGUGGAAGGGGUCACCCUGGUGGAAUAGCUCAGGGGUCCGUAAACCCGGCCACCUUAAGACUUGUGGACUUCAACUCCCAGAAUUCCCCAGCCAGCAUUGCCUGAAGUCCUAAAGAGGCCAAAUUUGGAGACCCCCUGGAAACUUGUAACAGGCAGCAAAGCCCCCCCGCCCUCGGAUGUUGGGGCAAAGGUCUUUCUCAAUCUGGCAGCCCAGCUAGCUGGCUGCCAAAGGGCUGACCCUGACCGGUUGGACAAGUGCCUUAGAGGAGUCUCAGCACAAGCCCACUUCUGGCUGAAAUGUGCGUGGACCAAGCAGACACAGGUGGCACCCUCACCGGCCAAGGACCCUCCACCAUCUUGCCUUUGGGGCUCGUCUUCGCUGCUGGGCAGCUGGAGAUGGCCCCACCGCUUUGCGAAGGUCCUGAGAUGGACACUGAGGCGAUCCAGGUCCAGAUCUCCACUAAAGAAGGAAGGAGAGGAGGAAAAGCCCUCCGGCCCUGUUGGGUUGGAUGAGUUCCUCAGGUCAUCCUGAAUUCCCUACCACUUGCGGGGCUUGGCUUGUGCCCUUCUGGUUGCCUCCUCUGUGUCCUUGAGGGUCUUCUCUUCUGAGGGAGACUUUCUCCCGAGACCCUCCUUCUCUUUCACUCUGGCCACACGGCUGGCUGUCCGCUGGGAGGACAGAGAGGGACCCAUGGCGGUCUGUAGAGUCCAGCUUCAUGUCCAGUGCCUCCCAAGACCAGCCCCAAAGCCUUCCCAUCCGUGGUUCAGCUGGGGCUGCCCAAGGCCUCUUUGGCUUCUAGAGCUGACCUGGUCACCUUCCUUCUUUCCUUGAAAUCCAACCCGCCUUGUGGGUCACCUGGCCCCCAUGAGGCAGAUCUCACCACGGAGAGGGGAACGCACCUCUGAACGUCGGCCGGCCUGCUGGUCACAGGCAGGGAGAGCAGGGCUGCUUGGCCUCGGGACCAAGGCCUGGGUAGGAGACCGGCCUUUGCCAGAGCUGCCCUCCUGUUCAAAACCCAGCCUGCUCUCUGGGCCCAAAGACCACCCCUCCCGCCCCCCCGGUUUGCCUUGUCCAGAGAAGGACAAGGGGAAUCAACUCCAACCUGGGUGUUGUCCAGCUCUGCAGUGCCCCAGGGGUCUGCCAAUGGGGGAGAGGGGCUGAUUUGUCUCUGCAGCAGCCCAGGCAAGCCCACCCUGGCCCCAACCUACAGAACCAGUCCUCUGGCCCCUGGGAGAGCACGUCCCAUUUUGAGAGGGUCAACCUCUGGAUGGGGGAAGGUUGAUCAGGUUAGCCAUUGGCCAUAGGGUGGGCCCUACCAUCUCCUGCUGGUUCUAAGUAAACUCCCGGCUUGUGGUGCCUCUUCCUCUCCUUAACUAGAUACGACCCCUGCCCAGGAGAAGAAGACCACCAGAUAUUCUUGGGAUGCCCCUUGGGAAGGGUCUGUUCCCUGGAAGGGGGUCUCCACUUCUCUCUCCAAAGACGUGCCCGUCCAUCCCCCACCCUUCUUGGGCCCUCCGAGUUCAGAGCCAGGAUUUGCACUUGGCUGAAAUGCCUCCCCUCGUCUAAAGUGGGGUCUCCAGCCUUGGCGGCUUUAAGACCUGUGAGCUUCAACUCCCAGAAUUCCUCAGCCGGCCCCAAGAGGGAGGCUCUCCCCCGCGUUCCUCUCGCCUGUCUCUGUCACUGGAUUCUCAGACCAGUCUUUGUCUCGGUUUCUUUCCAGGCGCAAGGCUACUUGUUUUUGCCAUUUAAUAAUUUUGGGUGAGGUGAGCAAGGCCACCAGUCCAUUUGGGGGUGGGGCCUCAGGGCCCCAACUUAAGGUGGGAUCUGGCAGCCCUCCAGGAGUUGGCCAGCAACUCCCUUCUUCACAAGCAGGGUUCCUGGCAGUUCGCCAGCCGCUUUGCAUGAAUGGCAGAUCUUUCUCCUCCUCGCUUCUCUCUUCCGAGUAGUUUUCUCAACCUCCACAUUUUGAGGUUCCCUGGAAUCAAAUUGACAGGUUACAUUUUGAAUCGGUGGCCAAGGAGGUGGCUGCAGUGGCUUAACUGGCCACAAACUGGGAAAGCAUUGCAAAGUGGCCCCGUUUGAUUCAGCCACAACGCCCUCCGAUACCCCAGCUUCUCAACGGGUCCUUUAUGAAUUGCUUAGGCACACAGUGUGCACAACAUAAACUCACAGGUGGGCUUUUCUGGACAGCUAUUUUGGGUGGGUAUUUCUAAAGCUACGGUGGGGAAUACAGGUGGCUUUUUUUUUUCUUUUUGCACAAGCUGUUGCACAAAGUGGAAAACGUGGGAUUCGCAUAAGGGACCCUCGCUGGCCAGGCAAUGCAGCUGUUGGAUUCAGCAGA